GCGAGGGGUGGGUGUCCCAGGGCAGGACCACGGGGUACAUGGAGCAUGGCAUUUGGGGGACCCAGGAUGUCCACAUGGUCGGUAUGGCCGAGAGUCUUCUGACAGCAGGAGGACCCGAGACAGCAGGGAAGAUAGGACACUAACUGGCCACCGAGUGAGCUGUCCCGUCAAGACCAUGGACCCCGAGGUGUCGCUGCUACUUCAGUGUCCCGCAGGGGGGCUAACCCAGGAGCAGGUGCACGUAGAGCUGAGUCCAGCUCAUGACCGUCGUCCCCUGCCAGCAGGCGACCAAGUCAUUGCUGCUAUCUGGGAGACACGGCUGCAGAGCCAGCCCUGGCUCUUCGAUGCCCCCAAGUUCCGCCUGCACACCGCCACCCUGGCCCCUGCUGGCUCCCGGGGGCCCGAGCUGCUCCUAUGCUUGGGCCUGACUUCCUACCGGGAUUUCCUGGGCACCAACUGGGCCAGCUCAGCCGCCCAGUUGCGGCAGCAGGGCGCCACUGACUGGGGGGACAAGCAAGCCUAUCUGGCAGACCCACUGGGGGUGGGCGCUGCACUGGUCACUGUUGAUGACUGCCUGGUCUUCCUGCGCCGCUCACAGCAGGUAGCCGAGGCCCCUGGGCUGGUGGACGUGCCUGGUGGGCACCCUGAGCCUCAGGCCCUGUGCCCCGGGUAUAGCCCCCAGCAUAAGGACCUCCCGGGAGAGCUGGUGGUGCGCGAGUUGUUCUCCAGUAUCCUGCAGGAGAUCUGCGAUGAGGUGAACCUGCCACUGUCUACCCUGAGCCAGCCCCUGCUGCUGGGCAUCGCCCGUAACGAGACCAGUGCUGGCCGGGCCAGUGCCGAGUUCUACGUCCAGUGCAGUCUGACUUCAGAGCAGGUGCGGAAGCACUACCUGAGCGGGGGCCCCGAGGCCCAUGAGUCUACAGGGAUCAUCUUUGUGGAGACACAGAGUGCGUGGAGGCUGCGGGAGAUGGAGCUGUGGGCCCAGCUCUGCCCCUCAGCCAAAGGCGCCAUCCUGCUCUUCAACCGGUUCCGGGGGAGUCCCCAGCUCUGCCACCGCGGCUCUGAAGACAAUAAAGGACUUUGUGCUUGAA